AUGUCAUCACAACAUGGGGUUUCUUCCUCCCUGGCGUCUAUAGAGACAACGCCACCAACCACCUCCGGUUCGCAACCGUCAGCUCCCAGUAUUGACUCGUCCUCGGUGUCCAUUUCAUCGCAUCCCGAACAGCGGCCAUCCAGUACCUCUUCCUUUACCUCCAGUAAAGUGCACAUUCCGAAACUAUCCGCGGCGACCACCGAGCUCCUUGCCCGGGUCACCGGCAAUAUCAGACGAGAACAGCAGCAACAGCAACCGCCGCCGCCACCGCAGCAGCAGCAGCAGCAGCAGCAGCAGCAGCCAGGAAAUGAAACAAAUCCCACCAGGUGGACGAAUCCAUCCUUUAGUCAAGGUUUACACAAUUUUCGCUGUAUGCAGCCCACAGGCAAGAUGAGAGCUUCUUCCACCAUUAUAGAACUGCCAACGGCGCCGUUCGUCUAUUCAAGUCAUAUGACCUCGAAGACACCUGCGGCUUCCCAACAGGCGCCGAGCUCAAGUGCAUCGACGCUUCCCCAGGAGAAUCAUGGAAACCCAGCACAUCUCAUGGCCAUUGCUCCGAGACCUUCAGAUCCGCCUUCUGCUGGUCCGGUGGCCGCAACUCAACCCCCAGUGCCGUCGCAGGUGCAGUCGCAGCCCAUGGCUCCCCCGGCUUCAAUGGGUCCAGCGAUCCCGGCAGCCAAAGCUACGUCCUCGCCUACCUCCUUAACUAAACCAAAAAGACCAGUAGCCGACUCUCGUCAACGCAAGAGUACGACAUCUAUAAACGGGGCGAAGCGCACCAAAAAGCGCAGACGAGGCAACCGCAGUGAUGGUGAAGAUAUCAUCCGAGCCGGCGACUCCAGCUCGGAUGAAUCUGAUAUAACACCGGCAGCUACGCAGACGAAAUCCGGUCGACAGGUGAACCGUCCCUCGCUCUAUGUUCCUGCGGCGCCCUCGCCGGUGGCGGCCAAAGCAAGUAGUGGUUCGCUAGGCACUCCGAGUUCAACCGCGGCUGCUCGCAAACGCAAACGUGUGAGUCAAAAGGGAAAGGACAUCAAUAUCAAUUGUAUACAUUGCCAGCGAGGCCAUAGUCCGAUGAGCAAUGUGAUCGUUUUCUGUGAUCUAUGCAACCAGGCGUGGCAUCAGCUCUGCCAUGAUCCUCCGAUCGAAACCGAGUUCAUCACGGUCAAGGAGAAGGAAUGGCACUGUGGGGGGUGCAAGCCCGUCAAGAUCACCAUCACGCAGCCUACCGUGGUCCGCAGCAACCCUAGGCUCAGCGGGCCGUCGUUCAGUCUUCAAAAUCAUCUUCCGCUGGCAGUGCCCAGGUUAGAAACCGGUAGCGAAGGGUUUUCCCUAGAUGAACGACGCAACUUCUUGUCGACUUUUUCGCAUGCUGCUCUUGUCGAGCUGCUCGUUACCCUAUCCAGUACUUAUCCGACCAUCCCAAUGUUCCCAGAGGACCUAAAAAGUCUACCGUCGUCCAAGUUUUCCUUCCAACCUAAUCUAUCUACCGCCUCUACACCCCUCUCUGUUCCGUCGACCACUCCGGCCCUCACUAACUCGGCGAACUCGGCGUCAGGAGCUGGAGAAGACCUUGUUCCACCCAUUUCUGGCACUCGCAAAGGGCACAUCGAUGAGUCUGCGGACGAUGACUCAGAGAACGAGGUCGAGGAACAUCGCCUGUAUCCGCGCGCCGGGAAUGGUGUUCGUCUCCCAAUGAACGUGGACGAUCUCGACAUUAUGCGCGAAGAUCCUCAUUGUGCCACAUUCAGCUACAUGCUGCAUGGUCCCGCCCAGGCCCAAGCCAAAGUGAAUGGGGUCGCACCUACCUGGGGCAGCUGA